AUGCUGCUGCUCGCUUUAGGUUUUGCUGAAUCAUUCAAGAAGGUGCAGAAAGCAGGAUAUGUAAUACAGAGGCAGACCUGGUUGCUGCGUGCUGGCCUUCCCCUUCGCCUUGUGCUGGGUGAAUUCCCACCCAGCCGGAGAGCUGGUCCUCUGAGCCCGUGGGCUCUUCUGCAGUGGAGAGGGGUCGGAGUCAGCCCGGCCCCUCGCAUCACUUCACGCCGCGAGGCGGACAAAGCUGGCGCUGAUGCGAAGGGGAAGGCAGGGGCGUGCAGACAUGGCCUGUCUGACUGUGCCCAAAGAGGAGAAAAAGAAGCAGAGAGAAAAGAGUUGGGAACGGGAACGUGCAAUGUAACCGUGCAGACAGGAGCCCUGGCAAGGGUUAGAAAAUGUGAAGAGGAAUUUCCUCCUUUCCCAGACUAUGGACACAGCAGCAGUGGUUUCAGCCGAGCAGCACUACCGUUUGGUUUGGUUAGGAGGGAACUCUCCUGCGAAGGCUACUCCAUUGACCUCCGGUGUCCGGGAAGCGAUGUUAUUAUGAUAGAAAGUGCUAACUAUGGACGGACAGAUGACAAGAUUUGUGAUGCUGACCCUUUCCAGAUGGAGAACACAGAAUGCUUCCUUCCAGAUGCCUACAAAAUUAUGACACAAAGGUGCAACAACCGAACACAGUGUAUAGUAGUUACUGGGUCAGAUGUGUUUCCUGAUCCUUGUCCUGGAACGUACAAAUAUCUAGAAGUUCAGUAUGAAUGUGUUCCUUACAUUUUUGUUUGCCCGGGGACGUUGAAAGCAAUUGUGGACUCACCGUAUUUAUAUGAAGCUGAACAAAAAGCAGGUGCUUGGUGCAAAGAUCCUCUCCAGGCUGCAGAUAAAAUAUACUUCAUGCCAUGGACUCCGUAUCGCACCGAUACUUUGAUAGAAUAUGCUUCUUUAGAGGAUUUCCAAAACGGACGCCAGCAGACGACAUAUAAACUCCCAAAUCGAGUGGAUGGUACUGGAUUUGUAGUGUAUGAUGGCGCUGUCUUUUUUAACAAGGAAAGAACUAGGAACAUAGUAAAGUUCGACUUGAGGACUAGAAUUAAGAGUGGAGAGGCCAUAAUCAAUUACGCUAAUUACCACGACACCUCUCCAUACCGAUGGGGAGGAAAGACUGACAUUGACUUGGCAGUUGAUGAGAACGGCUUAUGGGUAAUUUAUGCUACGGAGCAGAACAACGGGAUGAUAGUAAUUAGCCAGCUGAACCCCUACACCCUGCGUUUCGAAGCCACGUGGGAGACGACAUACGACAAACGGGCAGCAUCCAACGCUUUCAUGAUAUGUGGUGUCCUGUACGUGGUGCGGUCGGUGUAUCAGGACAACGAGAGCGAGACUGGCAAGAACACCAUCGAUUACAUUUACAACACCAGGUUAAGCAGAGGCGAGCACGUGGACAUUCCUUUCCCCAACCAGUACCAGUACAUCGCCGCGGUGGAUUACAACCCCAGAGACAACCAGCUGUACGUGUGGAAUAACAACUUCAUUCUGCGAUAUUCUUUGGAGUUUGGCCCACCUGAUCCCGCCCAAGAGAGAUUCUGUGAACCGACUGAGGCCAGGGGGAUUAGCUGGCCUCAGACACAAAGGGGAAUGAUGGUUGAACGCCCUUGCCCCAAAGGAACACGAGGAACUGCCUCGUACCUCUGCGUGGUCUUAACGGGAAUGUGGAACCCCAAAGGCCCUGAUCUUAGCAACUGCACCUCACACUGGGUAAAUCAGCUGGCUCAGAAGAUCAGAAGUGGAGAAAAUGCUGCUAGUCUGGCCAAUGAACUGGCUAAACACACCAAAGGACCGGUCUUCGCUGGCGAUGUUAGUUCAUCAGUGAGGCUGAUGGAGCAGCUCGUGGACAUUUUGGAUGCUCAGCUGCAGGAAUUGCGGCCCAGUGAGAAGGACUCUGCUGGAAGGAGUUAUAACAAGCUCCAAAAACGAGAGAAGACAUGCAGGGCUUACCUUAAGGCAAUUGUGGAUACAGUGGACAACCUGCUCAGGCCUGAAGCUCUGGAGUCCUGGAAGGACAUGAAUUCUUCAGAACAAGCCCAUGCAGCCACAAUGCUACUUGAUACAUUAGAAGAAGGGGCUUUUGUCUUGGCUGAUAACCUCCUAGAACCAACGAGAGUCUCAAUGCCCACAGAAAAUAUCGUUUUGGAUGUUGCAGUGCUCAUUACCGAGGGCCAGGUGCAGGACUUGAAAUUUCCUCAGGGCAGUAAAGGAGGCAACUCGAUUCAGCUCUCUGCAAGCACCGUGAAACAGAACAGCAGGAACGGAUUAGCAAAACUGGUUUUCAUCAUUUACAAAAGUUUGGGGCGUUUUCUCAGUACUGAAAAUGCAACCAUAAAGCUAGGCAGUGACUUUGCUGGGCGGAAUAGCACGAUCGCAGUCAACUCCCACGUCAUUGCAGCCUCUAUCAACAAGGAGUCUAGCCGGGUGUACCUGACUGAUCCUGUGCAUUUUACGCUGGAACACAUUGAUCCUGACAAUUAUUUCAAUGCAAAUUGUUCCUUCUGGAACUACUCAGAGAGGACUAUGAUGGGAUACUGGUCAACUCAAGGCUGCAAACUGGUUGACACAAAUAAAACUCAUACAACGUGUGCUUGCAGUCACCUAACCAACUUUGCAAUUCUUAUGGCUCAUCGGGAAAUUGUGUACAAAGAUGGAGUGCACGAAUUGCUCCUCACUGUCAUCACCUGGGUGGGAAUUGUCAUCUCUCUUGUUUGCCUGGCCAUCUGCAUCUUCACAUUCUGUUUUUUCCGUGGCCUGCAAAGUGAUCGUAACACUAUUCACAAGAACCUUUGUAUCAACCUAUUCAUUGCUGAGUUCAUUUUCCUAAUAGGCAUCGAUAAGACAGAGUACAAGAUUGCAUGUCCAAUAUUCGCAGGUCUCUUACACUUUUUCUUCCUGGCAGCCUUUGCCUGGAUGUGUCUAGAAGGAGUGCAGCUUUAUCUAAUGUUAGUAGAAGUAUUUGAAAGUGAAUAUUCUAGGAAGAAGUACUAUUAUGUUGCUGGCUACCUCUUCCCUGCUACAGUAGUUGGUGUCUCAGCAGCUAUUGACUAUAAGAGCUACGGAACAGAGAAAGCUUGCUGGCUCCAUGUAGAUAACUAUUUUAUCUGGAGUUUCAUUGGACCUGUUACCUUUAUUAUUCUGCUGAAUCUUAUCUUCCUGGUGAUCACAUUGUGCAAAAUGGUGAAGCACUCAAACACUUUGAAACCAGACUCUAGCAGGUUGGAAAACAUUAAAUCCUGGGUCCUGGGUGCAUUUGCUCUCCUGUGUCUCCUUGGCCUAACAUGGUCAUUUGGCCUGCUGUUUAUCAAUGAGGGGACUGUUGUGAUGACGUAUCUCUUCACAGUAUUUAAUGCUUUCCAAGGAAUGUUUAUUUUCAUCUUCCAUUGUGCCCUUCAAAAGAAAGUACGUAAGGAAUAUGGCAAAUGCUUCCGACAUUCCUACUGCUGUGGUGGACUACCAACUGAGAGUCCCCACAGUUCAGUGAAGGCAUCAACAACAAGAACUAGUGCUCGCUAUUCCUCUGGCACUCAGAGUCGUAUAAGGAGGAUGUGGAAUGACACUGUGAGAAAACAAUCUGAAUCGUCUUUUAUCUCAGGUGACAUCAACAGCACUUCAACACUUAAUCAAGGAAUGACUGGCAAUUACCUACUAACAAACCCUCUUCUUCGACCACACGGCACUAACAACCCCUAUAACACAUUGCUCGCUGAAACAGUUGUAUGUAAUGCCCCUUCAGCUCCUGUGUUUAACUCACCAGGACAUUCACUGAACAAUGCCAGGGAUACAAGUGCCAUGGAUACUCUACCGCUAAAUGGUAAUUUCAACAACAGCUACUCAUUGCGCAAUGGAGACUAUAACGACAGUGUGCAAGUUGUAGACUGUGGACUAAGCCUGAAUGAUACUGCUUUUGAGAAAAUGAUCAUUUCAGAAUUAGUGCACAACAACCUGCGGGGCGGCAGCAAGAACCACAACCUGGAGCGCACGCUACCAGCCAAAGCUGUGAUCGGCGGGAGCAGUAGCGAAGAUGACGCCAUCGUGGCAGAUGCCUCAUCUUUGAUGCACAGUGACACCCCCGGGCUGGAGCUCCACCACAAAGAGCUUGAGGCCCCCCUCAUUCCUCAGCGGACUCACUCCCUUCUGUACCAGCCCCAGAAGAAAGUGAAGACCGAGGGAACCGACAGCUACGUCUCACAGCUGACAGCUGAGGCUGACGAUCACCUCCAGUCCCCCAACAGAGACUCUCUUUACACGAGCAUGCCCAAUCUCAGAGACUCUCCGUAUCCAGAGAGCAGCCCUGACGUUGAAGAAGAUCUCUCUCCCUCCAGGAGGAGCGAAAACGAGGACAUUUACUACAAGAGCAUGCCAAACCUAGGAGCUGGCCAUCAGCUUCAGAUGUACUAUCAAAUCAGCAGGGGUAAUAGCGACGGCUAUAUAAUUCCCAUUAACAAGGAAGGAUGUAUUCCAGAAGGGGAUGUUAGAGAAGGACAAAUGCAACUAGUGACAAGCCUUUAAUAGUGUAGCAAAGAAAUAUUAAAGGCCACGUACAAGUAUUAAAAAGACUUAAUUGGUCCCAUGCAGGCUCCCUUAUAUCUGCUUGAAGAGACGAUUCUGUUGACCCUGUGGUUCUCCAGUAACGGGGAUGACUGGACCUCGCAGUUCUGUGAAUUUUUAUAAAGCAAAAACUUUGUAUAUACACAGAGUAUACUAAAAUGAAUUAUUUGUUACAAAGAAAAGAAAUACCAACAAGGUAUUUUAAGAUAUCUUCUGCUGCUGAAUUUAACAAAAUUGUGAAAAAAAGAAAUAAACACUUUCCAGCCAUUUUACUGCAGCAGUUUGUGAACUAAAUUUGUAAAUAUGGCUGGACCAUUUUUUUUUUUUAGGCCUACAUUGUAUUAUAUACAAGGCGUAGGCUCUAAAAUCCUGUGGGACAAAUUUACUGUACCUUACUAUUCCUGACAAGACUUGCAAAAGCAGGAGAGAUAUUCUGCAUCAGUUUGCAGUUCACUGCAAAUCUUUUCCAUUAGGGCAAAGAUUGAAUACAUGUCUAACCACUAGCAAUCAAGCCACAGGCCUUAUUUCAUAUAUUUCCUCAACUGUACAAUGAACCGUUCUCAUGAAAAAAUGGCUAAAGAAAUUAUAUUUUGUUCUAUUGCUAGGGUAAAAUAAAUACAUUUGUGUCCAACUGAAAUAUAAUUGUCCUUAAAAAAUAAUUUUAAAGAGUUUGAAGAAAAUAUUGUGAAAAGCUCUUGGUUGCACAUACGUUAUAAGCUGUUUUUCUUACACUCUGUUCAUAGUACGGUAGUAUGUUUAAAAUGCAAGUUCUACCCAUUUUCACUUAUUUUUCACUGUAAACAGUGUUCUGCUUUGACAAGUUAGUUUUUAUUCUUAUGUUUUGAAUUUUUAUUGCCAAAAACCAUAAUUUGGGGAGAAAAUUGUUUUAGAAGCCAAUUAUGCCAAGCCUUGCACAAAUUUGGUAUAGCUAACAAAGAUUGUAACUCAAGUCCCUGUUCAUUCUUUAAUCAGGGUUGGGUGGUAAGGGGUAAAGGGGACACUGGACACUUCUCACAAGCUUUCUCGUGAAUAAAAGGUGCCUGUCCUUUAAAAAAAAUAAAUAAAACAUAACUAUUACUCUUCCAUAUUCCUUCUGCCUAUAUUUAGUAAUUAAUUUAUUUUAUGAUAAAAAUCUAAUGAAAUGUAAAUUGUUUCAAAAAAAUUCUGCUUUUUUUCAUCCCUUUGUGUAAACCUGUUAAUAAUGAGCCCAUCACUAAUAUCCAGUGUAAAGUUUAACACCUGUUUGACAGUAAAUAAAUGUGAAUUUUUUUCCAAA